AUUGCGCUGCUCUUCGCGCAAAAAAAAGAAAUGACAAUAUGUUGGCGACAAUAUAAGCCAAUGAUCUCUCCACAAGAGCAAAGAAUUAGCCAUGUUGUCCGGGCAUUUAUAUACUUGAUGCACCACCUUCGUGUAUCUUUUAGUCAGCCAAAAGAAAUGACAGUCCAUGCGCCGAGUUCCCAUGAACAGAAUUACCAUAAUGAUGUGUAUCACCCGUCUAUAUGCUCCCAUGGGGUUUCGCUGUUCGCUUAUUUUUGUUGUUUGUUGUUUCACUUCGACAAAGUUGGGUAUCAAAUUACUCUCCUCCCCUCCUCUUCCCUCCUCCCCUCCAUAUGUAUCUUUAACUACACUACUCACUGACAGAAUCAUCCGGCUCCCCCCUCGCCCUCUUCACAAGCAUCUCUGCCUCUCUAGCCUCCAUCCGAUCCUGCUGCACGCUUCUCCGAUCGGAAUCAUCAUCAUCCUCAUCAUCGUCCUCCACCUCACUCCGCAAAUCCGGAUCAUCAUCGUCGUCCUCCUCAUCGUCUUCAUCGACAAGACUACUGCUUCCCCCUCGCCCCAAUCCUUGCUCCCUGACUGCCUCGGAUGGCCGUCUCUUUUCGAAAUCUUGCUUGUGCGCUUCGGCCAUGACCUGGAGAAUAGACUUCUUGCCCAUCGACUCGACGUGACGGCGGCGGAAGGUGCCUCCGCCGCUGAGGCUGAAGCCGGUACCGGUACCUGUCGCCCCCUCACCAGAAAUGGCACCCGACUCGGCGUGGGGACUGAUAGCUCCUUCCUCUUCUGGGUGGGCGGCGCCCGUGGCCGGGGAUGGGGAAGCUGCCCAGGGAGAGGUGGCUCCAGCGCCGACGGAGCCGCGAAUGCGCUCGCGGAUACUGGCGGCCAUGGAGGAGAUGGUGCCUCUGCGCUCCUGUUGGACAGCGCCUGUAGUAGUGCCGGUUUCAGCCUCCAACUCUCCGGCGGACGUCUCCUGGCUGGGACGCUCGACGAACUGAUCGAGCUGGUAGGGAAGAGGAGUAUCGCGCGAGGCCUUGUACUGGGAUACGUUGGCGCAGUGCUCGUUUUCGACACGAAGGAUGAGCCAAAGGCCACGACGGAUGACUUCAGCCAUGGCGACAAAGAAGGAGACAAUCGUGCUGUGCUGUGUGUCGUGGGUGAAGAUGGCGUAGAAGAUCCAAUUGAAGCGGAGAAGCGGGUCGACAACCAUGAUGACAUAGUAGAUCCAUUUGGACUUGAGCGCGGUGAUGUCUCGGAGGAAAGGGUAGCGGACGUUUUUCUGGAGUAGUGAGAAAUCCAUAAACAGAUCCCAGAUGGCUGUUUAAG